AUGACGACUGCCAUCGAUUACGUCGGGGCCGGAGACGACCCCAUCGGCGGCGGCCACGAUGCCUACAUGGCUGCAGCAAGCGAAGGAGUCGCAUGUCUCGCCGGGAAGGCGGCAACUCAAGCCCUGAGAGAUAUGGUGAUAGCAGACUCCUUCAUGGUGGCCAAGGAUGAGAUGACGGAAGCUGCCAGAGAUAUAUCCAAUACCGACGAAUUCAUCCGACUGGGGGGCGGUGGGGUGACCCCAAUUGAGUUCCUUCGCGCGCGUUGGUGGGACGCCGCCAUGGUGCCUUACCACCGCCUCGUCAUGGGCACCAGCCACUACAAGCACCUGACAGACAACCUCGGCACGUUCAGCAUCGCCGAUACAUGUGGAAAUAUCAAACGCGCAGUCGACAGCAUAAUUCGAUACAACGAGAUCGCUGACAUAGUAUCCGACUACACCAAUCAGUUCCCGAUGAUACGCUCGCGUGCCCCUGUGGUGCUGACGGUCAUGACGAGGCUGCAGAACUGGCUAUGGGCUGCUGUCUAUGGUACUUGCUGGCACCGCGAAACAUGGCACGAAGGCAGUUGCAACGCUACGCAGCCGCAGUGGACGUGGUGCGGGAAGCUUACACAUGGCCUGCUCCAGGCACACGGUUGA